ACCUCUCUCUCUCUCUCUCUCUCUCUCUCUCUCUCUCUCUCUCUCUCUCUCUCUCUCUCUCCUAUACGCAUAUUCCUCUCCCAGACCUUCAUCUCCUCCCCCUCCUCCCCUCCUCCAUUGCUCCAUCCACACUCCCUCCACUAGCCUCCACCGACCACCAGGAGGGAACAUGAGUCGUCCAGGUCGUCUUAACAAGGCGCUGAGUUGACGUGAGUGGGCAGAGGAAGAAGAAGUAGAAGAAGAGGAAGAGGAAGAAGAGGAAUAGGAGGAGAGGGAAGGAAGAUCUGAGCUGCGGAUAAGACCCUCAUCAGUCACUGCUACAUCUUGCAACCAGUAUUUGGAGAACACAGUGAGAAUAAUUGAGGGUGGUUGCAUCACCCUCAAUCACCAUCUACAAAACUCAAACGAUGACCAAAGCGGCAGUGGAUCUGUACAUGAGUGAGGUGGCGAGGGGCGUGGCCAGGGGGCGGCUAGCAGCGUGUGCCACCAGGGAAAUGUGUAUGAACAUAAAAAAAGGCGCCCGUCAAGAAAGGCACAGAUGCAGGGUGGUGAGGCAGUGUUCAUCCCAGGGGCACACCACACAGGGUCAGCAACACAGAUGGUGGUGGAGAGGCACCUGUGGGACGCCCAGGGGAACACCAAACACAACCUUGACAGACAGAAGAGUUUAUUGAUGAAGUGUGGAAGAAGAGGAGAAAGGAACAAUGAUAUUCGACCAGCUGCGGCAUCUGGGGGCUUCACUUGACUGGGACAGCUGGGACAUGGAUGCAGCGAGAGACUGGCCUGUGUGUCUGUCUGUACAUCCUGACGGAAGCGUUUGUCCGUCCGUACGAUGCUGGGCUGGUGUACCGCAAGGAGGCUCUCGUCAACUGGUGCUGCAGCCUUCAGUCGGCCAUCUUGGACAUUGAAGUGGACCACCUGCACCUGACAGGACCCACGGAGCUGGCAGUCCCGGGGUACAGCAAACCGGUCAGCUUCGGAAAGAUGUGGGACUUCCCUUACAGACUGGCAGACUCAGCUCUGGUGGGGCCACAGAAUGCCAGUGUACCACAUUACUGCAGCAGAUGGCGAGGAGGUGUGGGUGGCGGCUGCUCGGAGGAGGAUGCAAGGCGGAAGGCUGUGGAGAAGGAAGGCACACCCUUGACCUCCAUGUCCACCCAGCAGGAGGAAGAUCUGGACACCUGUUACUCCUCUGGUCCCUCCCUUUGCCUCGCUGGGCUGGCCAGGUCAGGGGAGGGGAGAGACCAUGCUCGCUUCUACGCAACGACCUUGAAGACGGGUCACGGCAUCCUCUUCUGGGUGGCUCAGGUGGUCAUGCCGGGACUCGACUUGACGGGGAGGCUUUCCUUUGAGACUGUGCUGCUGCAUGGCCUCCUGGGUGAUGGUGGCGGCCACAAGACGUCCAAGUCCUGGGGCAGUGUGAUAGACCCCCUGGAUGUCAUCAGUGGGGCGUCCCUGGAGGUGUGUGACUUGCUGGUGCUGUGUGUUCUGUACUGGUGUUCAUUGGCUGUGGUGAGCAGUACCUUGACAGCAGGUACUGUGCGAGAGGGUGGAGGGGACCCUGAAUGCAGAAGAAGUACUCACUGGUCUCGUAUGAACUCUCCCACAGGCAUCCCAGAGUGUGGAGCUGAUGCCCUUUGGUCCACCCUGUGCUCCACCAGCUUCAGGAGUCAGUGUGGCAUAGAUAGAUGUGGAUGACUGUGGUGUCUUGUCUUGUGUGGAGUUACAAGGUUGGUGUAUGGAUGGAACCGUCACCCCAAACAAUGAGUGGUGGAGGGUGCGUUCUGCGUUGACAGCCAGCAUGAGCGGUGACAGGAGCCAUGGGUGCCUUGCCUCCUCGCACCACCACCACAAGCACCACCACUCCUGCCAUCACCUACAAGGGG